UUUUGCAGAUGUCAUUAACCUAUUUCCUUUCUUCCCUGUCUUCAGGAAUUUGAGCAUUUCAUUGCCAAGUUUGGUGACUCUGGCUUUGUCCUGGUGGCCCUGGGCUCCAUGGUGAGCACCUAUCAGUCCCAGGAGGCUCUCAUGGAGAUGAACAAUGCCUUUACUCAUCUUUCCCAAGGGGUGAUAUGGUCAUGUAAGUCUCUUCAUUGGCCCAAGGACAUCCAGUUGGCAACAAAUGUGAAAAUCGUGGACUGGCUUCCUCAGAACCACCUAUUGGCUCACCCUCGCAUCCGUCUUUUUGUCACCCAUGGUGGAAUGAAUAGCAUAAUGGAGGCCAUCCAACAUGGCGUUCCUAUGGUGGGGAUUCCUGUCCUUUCAGACCAGCAUGAUAAUGUGGUCCGAAUAGAAGUCAAAAAUUUAGGUGUCUCCCUGCAGUUAAAGCAGCUGAAGGCUGAGAUGUUGGCUCUGAAGAUGAAGAAAGUCAUAGAAGACAAGAGGUACAAAUCAGCAGCGGUGGCCGCCAGCAUCAUCAGUCGCUCCCACCCCCUAACCCCUGCCCAGCGGCUGGUGGGCUGUAUUGACCACAUCCUCCAGACGGGGGGUGCAGCAGACAUCAAGCCUUACGCCUUGCAGCACCUGUGGCAUGUGCAGUAUCUGUUAGAUGUCUUCUUGUUUCUGCUCUUGGUCACCCUGGUCCCCGUGUGGCUCUGUGGGAAACUGCUGGGCAUGGCAGCCAGGUAG